AUAGUAAAACUGUAGCGUUGUUAAAUAACUUUAAAAGCAAUGCAAGAUGAGGGUGAUGAAAGAUCAUAUAAAAAUCAACAGGAAGUACCAGUUAAAGUUGUUACUAAUCUCUAAGGAUGACCCCCUUGAAAGCAUAGCGACAACUUUAAUUUACACAGUCAAUUGAAUCUUCAUCACAAUUAUCAUCUUUGUUGGGUUGAUCAUUAUUCUUCAUAAUUGUGUGAUGGACGAACAUGGCACCUAGAAAACAGGAUGCUGCCACCAAUACCUCCAAGAAACGUAAGUUUUUCAGGCCCAAAGAUCCGGACCCUGCUUUGGGACAGAACGCCACCCCGGUCGAAAAGAAAACCAUGGCAAUGCCUGAGGACGAUACCGAAGUGAAAUUCCUCGUUCCCAAGACACCGCUACCUAUCAGCCCUGUUGCCAAGCCACAAACCGCAGGACUGGAAAAGAGGCAGGUGAAAAAAGCGGAUGCCAAGUCGUCAAGCAGGAAGCGUACGACCAGAGAAAUCACAAAAAGGGAGGUUGACACGGUUCUCCAUUAUUUCGCUCUUAAUCCGAUAUUCGAUAAACUAUAAUUAUACAUUGUUUAUUUACUGUUUAUUUUUCAUUUUUUGAGAAAUCUUUAACAAUGACUGACUGAUAUAUCAAAAAAUGGUCAAGUUGCAGUGUAUAUUUAGACUUUUUAAUAAAAACGAGGGAUCCCACAGAA